AUGGAGCACCGAGGCAUGGAGCAGGUCCCGGGCCACGACGACGAGUUCAACGUCGAGGAGGGGGCGGCGGCGCCGCUGGGCGAGGCCCGCCCUCCCCAGCAGGGGCGGCUCAGGGCUGGUCUCGUGGCGGCCGUGGCGGUCCUCCUCCUCGCCAGCCUCGUGCUGGCCAGCCAGGUGUCCCCCUGGCAACGCGCGGCAGCAACACAUGCCGAUCGCCCCCAGCGGCAGGGUCAGAAGCAGACAAGGAGGUUUCACUCCCUGCUGGAGAACAAUAACGCUAACACGGAAGAUCUGGGGACCCUCUGCACGGCAGAAAUCAAGGAGGGAGACACCGAGCUCUCCGUGCAGAAUACGGACGUCUUUCAGGUGGGAAGCCACAUCGUCAUCAUCGACACUGACGACAGCAGCGCCGAGAACGAGGAAGCGACAGUGAAGAGCGUUGGAGAUGGCAAGAUAACGCUCGAACAACCAGUGAGCAAGACCCUUCCGAGCUUCAGCUUCAUCGUCGUGCCAGCUAAACCUGACUCCUACGGGACCUCCGGUGGCGGUUACAGCUUCUCGACGCCGGCGCCGCCAACGCCGGCGCCGCCAACGCCAGCGCCGCCAACGCCGGCGCCAGCGCCACCGGCAACGCCAGCCGCCGCCGCCACCGCCGACGACGGCGGCGCCGACGCCGGCGCCGGCCCCCGCGGACGCCGUCGCAAAUAA